UCUCAAUCAGGAAGUGAAGAAAAUAACCACGAAGAAUAAGUUGGAUAAAAUCCCCGGUAUAUUUCGCCUCGGCGAGGGAUUUUUUCGCCCCAAAUCGCCCGGCGUGCCUGUGGCUUGGAUUGAGAAAGGAGAAACCCGUGCUUGGUCAUGGAGAGCCUUUGCCCUUGUUAGACGUACCUUCUCAUAUACAGCCAGGACACGGGUGGCGAAAGAAGGGUGCAUAGUCUAAGUCAGCUGGCAAUCAUGUGUGAAGCUGUGGUCUGAUGCCCACCCUCACCUCAGCGCCGGCCAUGGACGGGGAGAACUACCUGCAUCCAGAAGGUCCUCAGUUCGACAGCAGCUUGUUCUCUGUGGCCUCCCCAAACAUGGAGAGUACAAUAUAUGCUUCACCUGGUUCCUGGAGACCCUUCUCUCAGCAGGGUGGAUACAACAUACCCUGCCCUAUGCAAUCUGGAAACCAGCAAUACCACUUGAACAACAGCACUACCACCAACAUACUGGAUAUGCCGAUGGACAUGCAAUUGGGAUUCUCUGACCUGGACUUUUCUAACUCCAGCUUCCCUAAGAACAGAGAUUUCUCCCAGGACCUGUCCUGCAUUGAUGACCUCUCCACAAACUCUCUGUUCUCCUCUCCGGCUGAUUCGCUGUCAGAGUAUGCUGAUGCCCAGUCCUUCAUUAGCACAGACAACCUGGACACAGUCCCCACAAUCUGGGAUGUCAACACUAGUACCACAACCACACCAGCACAGAGCCACUUAGAGCAGAAUGGCACCAGCAGGUUUCAAGGCUUGGCCAGUUUGGAUGAUAUAACUGCUAUUAUCAGCACUCCACCUUUAGGAGGAUUCCAGACUCAAAGAACCCAACCACCACCAGAAGAGGAAGAAGAUGUUGAGGUGGAGGAGACAGAGGAACUUGGACAUGCUGACACAUACGCUGAGUACAGACCCUCUAAAUCUACAAUAGGAAUUUCUCAUCCUGACAUAGUGGUGGAAACUAACACACUAUCCAGCGUCCCUCCACCUGACGUCACAUACACUCUGUCUAUCCCCGAGCCAACUAUUAGCAGCGGCCUGCUGUCUGCGCUGCAGCUGGAAGCUAUCAUCUAUGCCUGCCAGCAACAUGAAGUAAUCCUUCAGAACCAUCAGAGGGCAGGAUUUCUGAUCGGAGAUGGGGCAGGUGUCGGAAAGGGACGCACAGUGGCAGGAAUCAUUCUAGAAAACUACCUAAAAGGGAGAAAGAAAGCACUCUGGUUCAGCAUAUCCAAUGACCUGAAAGUUGAUGCAGAGCGAGAUCUCAAAGACAUAGAUGCACCGAUUAUUCCCGUGCAUGCCUUAAAUAAGAUAAAGUAUGGAGACACAGCUACCUCAGAAGGAGUUCUUUUUGCAACCUACUCUGCGUUGAUUGGAGAGAGCCAGGCGGGAGGGCAGCAUCGGACCAGAAUUAAACAAAUCCUGGAUUGGUGCAAGCCGGAUUUUGAUGGAGUCAUUAUUUUUGAUGAAUGCCACAAAGCCAAGAAUGCCACAUCUACAAAGAUGGGAAAGGCGGUGCUGGACCUGCAAAGCAAGUUGCCACGGGCCAGAGUGGUGUACGCCAGUGCCACAGGUGCCUCUGAGCCAAAGAACAUGAUCUAUAUGAGCCGCCUGGGAAUAUGGGGAGAGGGUACACCCUUCAGAACCUUUGAGGACUUCCUGCAUGCCAUUGAAAAGAGAGGUGUUGGGGCCAUGGAGAUUGUUGCCAUGGACAUGAAAGUGAGUGGGAUGUACAUCGCCAGACAGCUGAGUUUCUCAGGGGUGUCCUUCCGCAUAGAGGAGAUUGGGCUGGACGAUGACUUUAAGCGGGUCUAUAACAAAGCUGCCCAAUUGUGGGCUCAUGCAUUGCGAGUGUUCAUGCAAGCAGCUGACGAGCUGGGCCUGGUCAGCAGGAAGUCUUUGUGGGGGCAGUUCUGGUCAUCUCACCAGCGCUUCUUCAAAUAUCUCUGCAUCGCUGCCAAGGUUCGCUCCCUGGUGGAGCUGGCCCAAAAAGAGCUGGCGGCUGGAAAGUGCAUUGUUAUCGGGCUGCAGUCUACUGGAGAAUCACGCACCAGAGAGGUCUUGGAUGAGAAUGAUGGCCAUCUUGACAGAUUUGUUUCUGCAGCUGAGGGAGUAUUCCAGUCUCUCGUAACAAAACAUUUCCCUUCAGAGAAACAGAGGCGAGAGAAGGCUCCAGGGAAUAAGAGAAAACGAAAGCCUCGAGGUCGUCAGACCAAGAUAGCUAAGCCCACAGUGGACAGCAGUGGAGUGAUCAACAUCAGCGACGACAGCAGUAGUGAUUCUGACGGCAUGGACACAGACUCAAACUCUUCUCCAGAUUCCCUGCUCGACAAUGACGAUGUCAUCUUUGUGAACCAAACAAGUGUCCAGUCAGCCAAGAUAGAGGAGAUGAAGCAGGACCUCCUCAACAAAAUAUCAGUACUGGGAAAAGAACUACCUCUCAAUACCUUGGACGUACUCAUUGAUAAGUUUGGAGGACCAGAUAAAGUCUCUGAGAUGACUGGACGUAAAGGUCGCGUGGUCCGACGCCCAGACGGCAGCGUCCGUUAUGAGUCACGGGCUGAGCAAGGUCAUACAAUUGACAACAUCAACAUCAGGGAGAAGGACCGCUUCAUGGGUGGAGAGAAGUUGGUGGCCAUCAUAUCAGAGGCAGCCAGCUCUGGGAUUUCCCUGCAGGCAGACAAGCGAGUGAAAAACCAGAGACGCAGGGUCCACAUGACCCUAGAGCUGCCCUGGAGUGCAGACAGAGCCAUCCAGCAGUUCGGUCGAACUCAUCGGUCCAAUCAGGUGACAGCUCCAGAGUACAUCUUCCUCAUCUCAGAAUUGGCUGGGGAGAGACGUUUUGCCUCCAUUGUGGCUAAAAGACUGGAGAGCCUGGGUGCAUUAACUCAUGGGGACCGAAGAGCCACUGAAUCCAGAGACCUGAGCAAGUACAAUUUUGAGAACAAGUAUGGUACCAAGGCUCUAGAUAAAAUCACUAAAGCUAUUCUUGGCCACAUCGACAACAAGGUGCCCCCUCCCAAGGGAUAUCCCGGGGGAGAUGCCAUGUUCUUUAGAGAUAUGAAACAUGGAAUGAUGGAUGUGGGCAUCUUUUGUAAGGAGCCUCGUUUUGGUAUCAGCACUGAGAAAGACUGCAGCAUCACCAAGUUCCUGAAUCGCAUCCUGGGUCUGGAGGUCCACAAGCAGAACUAUCUCUUCCAGUACUUCACUGAUAACUUUGACUACCUGAUUGAGAAGGACAAGAAGGAGGGCAAAUACGACAUGGGAAUCUUAGAUCUUGCCCCAGGUAACGAUGAGAUUUAUGAGGAAAAGCAAGAAACAUUCUUGACACCUGGAAACCCCCAGGAUGGACAGGUUGUUCUUUACAAGAUCAGCGUGGACAGGGGUAUGCCCUGGGACGAGGCCUAUAAAAGGUCACAGAGUCUCUCAGGUCCUGAAGAGGGAUUCUAUUUUUCCCAGAAGCUGCGAGGUAACAACCCCUGUGUGCUGCUAGCUGAGCAAGGAAGAGGGAAGAACUUUGUUGUCUACAAACCCAAUAUUGGCAAACAAGCCCACCCUGAGAGCCUCGACAACCUGCUGCAACGUUACCGGAAGGUGAGCGCCGAGGAAGCUAGGGACAACUGGGAGAACCAGUUCACCUUCUCUUUCAAGAAGUGUAGUCACGCAAAUUGGAAUGGAAAGUGUAAGAAAAUUGAAGAAGGUCAGGAGUGUUUCAUGGGCAUGCGUCUGCGACAGUACCACAUGCUGUGUGGAGCUUUGCUGCGGGUGUGGAAGCGGGUCUCCGACGUGGUGUCCGACAUCACCAGCUCCAGCAUCCUACAGAUUGUCCGCCUUAAAACUAAGCAGCAUAACAAACAAGUUGGCAUCAAGAUCCCAGAGAACUGUGUGGCCCGCGUGCGUGACGAGCUGCUGCAAAUGGACGAGGAGGUGAAGAAGAGGCGAAAGGACCGCAUGCAGCAGCAGGAGAAAAUGCGUAAAGAGGAGCAGCACAAACAUCUCCUGGCAAAUCUGGUCAGUCAGAGACCCGUGUUUAACCAGUCCCUCAUUCCGAACCACAUCCACAGCCAGAACCUGAACCAAAGCGCUCUACAAAGGACUCAAACUGGGAUCGUCUCUCACCUCCCAGGAGUGCAGCCCCAAACCCAGUCCACUUUUCAGCAGCCCUCCCACAAUUUUCCAUUGUUGCCCUUACAAAGAAAUCCCAGCCAAACCCAGCAAAGGCCCCACAACAGCUGGCCCAACAACUCCACCUCCUCCAGCAUGAACAACACCGUUGGUAUCAAUUUCUCCCAGUUUUUCCCGCAGUCUUUCUUAUCCUCUUUCCAACAACCGAAGAACCCAGCUCUCCCACUCCAUCAGACCACGCUAUCUUCAAACUUGUCUUCCAAGAAUCCUCUUGAUGAGAUCUUGGACCUGACCAUGAGCUCCCCAUCCCCCUCUCCUAAAAGCUCAGAGGGUGGACUGAAUCUGGACAGUCUGUCAGCCAACUCUGCAGCAUUCACAGAGGACUUCAAUCUGGAGGCUCUCAUCUCCUCGAGUGCACCCAACCCCCAGCAGGCUGCACAAACCCAGCAGCCGCUACUGCUCCAGCAGCAGCAGAACCUCUUGAGUACUAACCACCACCACGACCUGCUAGAUUUAUUUGGCUUGCCCGACCCGUCUCCCCAAAUGCCCACACAGACAGCCAGCCCUUCAUCUUCUGCCUCCACCUGCUCCUCAUCUACAUCCUCCAUCUCAUCUGGGUCAAACAACCCCGUUUCUCUCUUCCACAACCCAUCCUCUACCUCUUCCUCCUCCUCCUCCUCCCUGCUUCCUUCUCCCUUCCUCCUCCCACCGUCAGACUCUUUAACCAACGGCCACAGCAGCUCCGACACUCUAGACGUCCGUGAGGCUCUUAACAGCAUGCUACAAUGUGGACUAGAUCGCAAAUCUGUCAUUCAUUACCGACAAAAUGACUAAGAGCUUAAAAAAAAACAAUAGCUCGUCUGGACUGUGUCUGUCUUUGGGUUUUUGUUUUGUUUAGUUUUUUUCUUUGAUAGUAGAUUGCAUCUUGUUUGCUGCUGUCUAUAAUUGCACCCUUAAACCUAUUCCCUCUCCCCUCAGGGCUUAUAGUCAAGUCACUGCCUGUCCCUCGCCGGGCUCACCCUUCUCUAUGUCCACCUGUAGCGUUUGCCGGCUUGUGGCUGUUGAGGUGAUGGCGGGCUCGAUCAAUAUCAGACUUCUGCACCAAAGUGUGUCCUCCAUAGUAAAAGGCAGCUGUUAAAACUUUUAAAAAGGAAGUAAAACAAAGAAACAAAAAAAAAAAAGUGAUAACUGUAUUAUAUCGAAUAACACGAGCUGUCCAAACACAAGCUCAACCUCAGAUUUUUACGAAGUGAAAAUCAGCUGCUGAUUUUUACGAGGUAUGAUUGAUGAAGUUGCUGGAAGCUCUAAAUGCCUUUCACUCGGUAAAGCCACACCUUUAAACUUUCCUUUUACUGUUACUUCGCCGUUUGUGACUGUUUGUCUUGACUAGGACAAAAAAAGAGAAAAAGAAAAAAAAAAGCUCAUGUAUGCAAGGCUUGGUUUGAAUGAAACAGAAGAUAGUGUUGAAUUGAAAGGAGACGUAUAAAAAAAAAACCACGUGAAAUCUUUUAGCUGAUUAGCCAUGAAAUGCCUCAGUUGUCAGUUUUCCUCUACAUGCUCCCUCUCGGUUCUCUCCCUGCUUGUAUGAACACUAGUGUGAGGAAAAAAGGGAGAGGAGGAGCAGUCUGCUGUUGCAAACAGUGCCUUUGGAGAAACCUAUGAAUGCAGUCUUUUAAAUCCAUGUAGCCUAAUGUAUAGAUUUAUACUUUUUAGCAUUGAUUUGAAACUUUAAUUUAAUAUGGUGUAUUUGUUUUUAACUUUGAGCCCCCUCAGUGGUUUUUUAUGUUCCACCAUUGUGGUGUUUCAGGACGACGCCUCCAUCUAGACGGAGUCUGCUUGUCUGACUGUCUGUGUGGCUGCUUUUAAGAUCAAACCAGAAAAAACUGAACUCAUCCUGAUUAGGAAAUUGCUUUGUAAGGGUUGACGUGUGGCGCUUGUAGAUUCAAAGGGAUAUAUGUGUUUUUUAAGUGAGUUGUAUGAAGCUCUUUUGGGUGUUUAGAGUCUUACCUGCUGUAGACAGCAGUCACAGUACUCUCUGUUGGGAGAAUCAGGGACAGAUUCACCAAAACUAUCAGCUGCUUUAAGUCAGAACCAGAGAGGAGCAAGUUCUCGCCAUCUAAAACUCAGACUUUAUAAUGAGUGCGUUUACAUGGGAAGUUUAAUUCCUCUUUAAUUCAGAAUUAAAAUUAAAUCCGAUUUAAAAUGAGUAGAAGUUACCAUGUAAACACCUAAUUCCGAAUGAAAAUGGCCAUUCCGAAUUAAACUUAAUUCCAAAGUAAGUGGCAGGUUUAGUCCAAUUUUAAAUCUGAAUAGAAUAAUUCCGCGAUCAUGUUUACACUCAUUCCACUUUAAAUUAAUUCCGGUCUUUCUGCGCUGCUCGUUCCCUUAUAAUCCCGCGCUGGGCUUGUUUUCAAAACAAUCGGUGCGUCCGAAAUGCCAUAUUAAACAGUAUAUACUCAAAAAGUAUACUUUAGUUCAGCAAACUUUUGAGUAAAUAUCAGUAGUACGCAUUAAUUCGGACGUACUACUCACACGGCACUUCCUGCCGUUGGGAGGGGGAGUUGUUACCAUGGUACCAGUAGCUGCUCCACUCUUUUCCGUUUAUCCUGGCCCAAACAAGAGGACAUUAUAGAAUAUUAUCAUAUACAAAUAUUAUAAUAUUAAUAUUAUAUAAUAAUAUUAUUAUACUUAUGACAUAUACGUAUCACUUAGCAACCAAACACCACUGCAUUGCAUUGUGGGAAGUUUCUGCUUAGCUAGUGUCCAUCAAUCCACACUAAUACAUUUCUCCAGAAUGAGUACGGAUAGCGCAUACUAUUAUAUACGUACUAAUGUUUCUCACAUACUAUUUUUGCUACUCAUUAGGUGGAAGGAUGGAAUUUCGGACGCAGCCAUUGUUUCAAGAUGGCAGCACGCAGUAAACGGUGGUCAAGAGCAGACACGAUUUAUUUAAUAAAUAGCUUGGAGGACCUGGAAAUAAUUAAAAGAACAGAUGGCAGGAAAUAUAACAAUUGCGAGCUUUUCAAAGUUGUAGCGGCUAAGUUUGUUUUUCUUCCAGUAGACGUAACUUCCGGUCCCCCUAUCCAAUCAGAAGCAGAAUUAGAUAAAGCCGAUCAAACGUGUUUUCCAUGUAAACUUCAAUUCAGAAUUACUAUUUCCAUUUAAACUCAAAGGAAAAUAGUUUAAUUCGGAAUUAUUUAAUUCAGAAUUAAAAAACAUCAUGUAACCGUGGCCAAUGUCAUAGUGGUUCAAGCGAACGCUGUGUUAAAUAUAUGUACACAGUAUCACUUUUUCAAUUUUCUUUACCACAAAAGAUUCACGGACUUCAUCGCAAACAGACUGUUGUGAUGCAAAACUCCACAAGAAGGCCAUCGCUGGAACAACUAUCAUAUUUAUGAAGUUUGAAUUGUUUUACCUAAAAAUAAAAAUCCCCUUUCUACCCUCCCUCCGAGUCGCUGUUAGUUUAAAUCAUCAAAUUCUCCAGUUUAAUUGAACGCGUCUCUGUGUAGUAAUAAUAAAGGAUUAUCUUAUCUAAAACUGAGAGUGCUGUGUCUGCAAGACACUAACUACCCAGAGGAACCUCACACAGCUCAGCUUCAACAUCCCUUUAAGAUGCAAGACGAUACAAGGAGACGAGAAAGCCCGGGGAGUUGGUGGUCUGGAGUAUCGCAGUAACUCAGAUGAAAUCACACAUGAUUGUCUGGUUAAGGCUGGGAGGGGUGUGAAAAGCCACACAGUAAACAGUUGAACAGCUGGGUUACAUCCACACUCCUUCACGGUAAUGUGACAACAGACUGUUGUAAAGCUUCAUUACAGUCUGCUCAAACGGCCUGGAAGCCGUCAGUGGAAACCAGACUAUUAAAUCACCACGUGUGUGAAACGCAUAACACUACGCUCACAGGAGUCUCCUCACGUCCUCGCUAGAGCCACCAGCUUGUCCAUCCUCUUCAACAAUUUCUGUAACGAUAGAAAGAACACCUCCUCCUCUCCACCAGUCUUUGCUGCCCCACGUUGGUCAGAGUUUCCUCUACAUCCCCUCCUCUUGAUUUCUGCAGGUGUAGGAAACCUCUUCUGUGUCUUGUUUCCUUUCCUAGUUUCCCCCAGAUAAUUUGUUAGAAGCAAGCAAGCAUGAUGGAUGAUACAAAUGAUCAUCUACAACCCCCUCCCCACACACACACACACACACACACACACACACUUUUCUUUUUAAACCAUUUUUAAAGCUAAAAAAUAGCAUAUUUGUAAUGCAAUUCCUCUUUGGAUCUGGAAGUCCUCAGGAACCUUGUUUUUAUGAGUCAUUUUGACCAAUGUUGAUUUCAAAAUUAGUUUUAAUACCAAUGAAUAAGAGAGAAUUUCAUGUUGAAAACCCUGUCAUUUUUACUAAUUGAUUGUGUUUUCUUUCAUGCUGGGUUCCAGCGGAGUUCAACAACCAUGUUAGAAAAAAGAAAAACUCCAUUUCAUUCGUUAAAAUCCACGAACAUUGUAUGAUAGUUGAUAUGUUAAAACUUGUGAGAGCGGGCAGGCUUUGUGUGAAAAUUAUGCGCUGUAGUCGUGACAAAAUACCAGAGGUUCACUUGAUCGAAAAAGCAAUAAAACCAUAUAAUACACCAGUUUUUAAUCAUAAAUGCCUAAGCAAUGUUUACGUUCAACAGGCAAUGCUUUGUGGUUAUUUGUGCAUGGUAUGAAUCAUUUUUCUGUUGUGCUUCAUUCUGAAAUACAUACAACCUUUGUAAAGUACAUUUUGAUAGGAUGAAUGCAAUGCGUUCAUGACGUUUUACUCAUCGUUAUUAUAAAAGUUAUUGUUAUUUAUAUUUAAGGGAUAUUUAGAUUUUAGAUACGUUAUCUUGCUUAUUAUGAUAGUUAACGACAUGUUUGGUCAGGGAAGUUACUCGUUUUCAAGAUUGCUAUAAAAACAAAUUCUAUUAUAACCUGCCACCAAAUAAGAUUGCACUGUUCUGUACUGCUGUACAGCGUCUGGAUUUAUUCUGCUCUUCAGUCUCACUCUUAUCAAGUAGUCGUUUCUCCAGCUUCAGUUUGCAGAGAUACCAAAGUAUUCACAACACCCCUGAAGUUACUGGUUCACAAUAAAAAAAAAAAAAGGAUACCUUUAUCAAUCUCAGGAAGAAAUCCACAAGAGGUGUAACAUUGGGGCGUUAGCAGAAAUAUAUCAUUUCCCCUUUUCAUAGUGGUGAAACUAAUGAAUACAUGGUCUGUUUUUGUUUUUUUUUUUGUUUAGUUUUUUCUUAACUGUGCUGUGACCCUUGCUGUAUUUAUAUUUUAGACUUAAUGUGAUGGGUUUGUUGUGUCCUUGUGAAAAUGUCAGUGAUUUUAAAUGUUUAUGCCGUCUUAGGGCAAAGAUCAAAGGCUGUUUCUUUUAAGGAAACUUUUUUUUUUUUUUUGUGGAUUUCUUGGGGUUUUUGUGUUGCAGCUGUUGGACCUUUUGACUCACAUAAACCCUGACAGAUUGAUCGAGUCGAUUAACAUCCAUGUUUUCUGUCAUGUGCAAUUGAUCUGACCUCUCCCUCUCUGUAACAGAUGGUUCAGUUCAGGAUCGGACUGGCUCGCUCAAAUUGAUCAUGUUAUUACAGAAAGUCCUCCUCAUGCGUUCAUUUAUUUUGUUUUAAAUAUUCCUCAUAAGGCACAUUCCGAGUUGUCAGUCAGCGAAAGUUUGGCCCUUGUUUAGUGUUUGCCACAAAAGUAAAGCUUUAUGAAUUGGAGGGAUUUGGACAGCUUUUUUUUUUUUUUUUUUUUUUUUCAAGGAAAAAAAGCCUUUUUCUUUUAAAUAAUCUUUUAUUUGUGUAGUUAGGCCUUUAAUCAUUAUCAUUUUGCACUAAGAAUGCAUAAUCCAGUUACUGUUCUCGUGUUGGUUAUGAUUGAACAGUGCAAGCUUGUCCCUGUUCUUUAUGGAUUGUUCUGCGUAUACUGUAACCAUCUUUCUUUUUUCUCCACCAUUUGCAUAUUAUUCUAAAUGUUAUCACUCAAAUAAUUUAUUGCUAACAAAAAAAAUGAAACAAAAAACAUGCUACUGAUUGUACGUAUUUUUAAACAAAGCCUAUUUUUUCUGUAAAAACAAAAUGUGUUCAGCACUUUUAUUCUGGGUUAUACUUUUUUUUCUAUAUAUUUAUAAUUUAGAUCCAAAUGUAUAUAUUGUAAAAUUUGUGCCUUUUGACUAAUUCUUUAAAAAGGUUUUCUACUCAUUAAAGGAAGGACUAUAUGAA